ACACUUCAAAAAUUCUGCUUUUAUUCCAUCCCCUGCCUCCUCAAUCCACCGCCCCAUUUCUUCUCCCCCAAACAUGCCGCCGGUCCACUCCAGCCCCCACCUCCGCCACACCGAAACCUCCGCUCUCCUCUCCAUCCUCAAACAAACCGCCUCCGCCACCACCGCCGAAAAACGCCCCAAAAAAUCCCCUUCUUCCUCCGGCGGCGGCGGACUCCUCAAAAUAUUCAAACUCUUCCCAAUGCUCACCUCCGGAUGCAAGAUGGUCGCCUUGCUCGGCCGCCCGAGAAAAUCCCACCUGCUCAAAGACAGAGCAACCACGGGGACGAUCUUCGGCCAUCGAUCGGGCCGGGUCAGCCUGGCGAUCCAGGAGGACCCGCACUCGCCGCCGUUGUUCGUGAUCGAGCUACCGAUGCACACCGCCGUGUUCCACAAGGAGAUGGCCUCCGACAUCGUGCGGAUCGCGCUGGAGAGCGAGACCAAGAGCUACAAGAAGAAAUUGAUGGAGGAAUUCGUGUGGGCGGUGUAUUGCAACGGCCGGAAGAUGGGUUAUUCGAUUCGCCGGAAGAGCCUGUCGGAGGAUGAAAUUCACGUGAUGCAGCUGCUGCGUGGGGUGUCGAUGGGCGCCGGGGUGUUGCCGCCGGCGGGUAAGGAGGCGGCGGCGGCGGUGGAUGGUGGUGGGGAGGUGACGUAUAUAAGGGCGAGGUUUGAGAGGGUGGUGGGGAGUAAGGAUUCGGAGGCUCUGUAUAUGAUUAAUCCCGACGGCGCCGCCGGCGCGGAAUUGAGUCUUUUCUUUGUGAGGGCUCAUUAGGAGGAAAUAAUUAAGUUGGAGAAGAAAGUAAACUAAUUACUUACUCAGAGACUGAUUUUUAUUUUUAUUUUUCUAGUGGAUUUUGUUUAUAGAUUUGGAAACGGAGAGGGGAGGAGAUGAUGAGAUGAUUGUGGUUCUUACAUUUUUGUGAUGUUCAUUUGAUCAUUUCAAUGUGAUUAAAUUAAUUUGUGAUUAGCCUUUUGUAAAAAUAGAAAUUAGCAAUUUAAAGUUUGAUUGGUGAAAAAUUAUAAAACAAUCGUGAUUAAUGGUUUGUGUAUUAGCAUUCAUACUAUUGAGAACUAAUGAGAUUUAUUUAACUAUAUUUGUGAUUAGAAGAUUGUUCUCUGGUUUUUGUUAUUUGACAUAGGAGAUCAACUUUCGGAAUAAUUACUAAAACUCUUG